CGGACCGGUCCCCGCGCCUCCUUCUGCACGCCAGGGCGUGUGCGGGCCGCGCUGGCGGGUUUCUGAGCUCGGGUGCUGAAUUCAUCCAGGAUCCAAGAUGACUAUCCGGCACCAAGGGCAGCAGUACAGGCCCAGGAUGGCAUUUCUGCAGAAGAUUGAAGCUCUGGUGAAGGACAUGCAGAACCCAGACUCGGGUGUCCGAAUGCAGAAUCAGAAGGUCCUGGUCACCAGCGUCCCUCAUGCCAUUACAGGGAGCGAUGUUCUGCAAUGGAUCGUUCAGAGGCUUUGGGUCUCCAACCUCGAGGCCCAGAACUUGGGCAACUUCAUUGUCAAGUAUGGCUACAUUUACCCACUUCAGGACCCCAAGAAUCUCAUCCUGAAGCCUGAUAACAGCCUCUACCGAUUCCAGACACCCUAUUUUUGGCCCACCCAGCAGUGGCCUGCUGAAGACACAGACUAUGCCAUCUAUCUAGCCAAGCGGAAUAUCAAGAAGAAAGGCAUUUUGGAAGAUUAUGAAAAGGAAAAUUACGAUUUCCUGAACAAAAAGAUUAACUACAAGUGGGACUUUGUCAUCAUGCAGGCCAAGGAACAAUACAGGACUGGAAAAGAAAGGCCCAAGGCAGACAGGUAUGCACUGGAUUGCCAAGAGAAGGCAUACUGGCUGGUGCACCGCUGCCCUCCAGGAAUGAAUAAUGUGCUGGACUAUGGACUGGAUCGAGUGACAAACCCAAACGAAGUUCAGAAACAAACCAUUACUGCUGUUAAGAAAGAGAUCAUGUAUUACCAGCAGGCCCUGAUGAGGUCUACAGUCAAGUCCUCUGUAUCCCUGGGAGGGAUAAUCAAAUACAGUGAACAGUUCUCGUCCAAUGACGCCAUCAUGUCUGGCUGCCUUCCCAGCAACCCCUGGAUAACAGACGACACCCAGUUCUGGGACCUCAAUGCCAAAUUGGUAGAAAUCCCAACCAAGAUGCGAGUAGAGCGAUGGGCCUUCAACUUCAGUGAGUUGAUCCGAGACCCUAAGGGCCGGCAGAGCUUCCAGUACUUUCUCAAGAAAGAGUUUAGUGGGGAGAACCUGGGGUUCUGGGAAGCCUGUGAGGAUCUGAAGUACGGAGACCAAUCCAAGGUCAAGGAGAAGGCGGAGGAGAUUUACAAGCUCUUCCUGGCCCCUGGAGCCCGGCGGUGGAUCAACAUUGAUGGCAAGACCAUGGACAUCACGGUCAAGGGGCUGAGGCACCCCCACCGCUAUGUGCUGGAUGCAGCUCAGACUCACAUCUAUAUGCUCAUGAAGAAGGACUCUUAUGCUCGCUAUUUAAAAUCCCCCAUCUAUAAGGAGAUGCUGGCCAAAGCCAUUGAGCCCCAGGAAACCACGAAGAGAAGCUCCAGUCUUCCAUUCAUGCGGCGCCACCUACGCUCCAGCCCGAGCCCCGUGGUCCUGCGGCAGCUGGAGGAGGAGGCCAGGGCCCGUGAGGCUGCCAACACCGUGGACAUCACCCAGCCCGGCCAGCACACGGCACCCAGUCCCCAUUUGACGGUAUACACGGGCACCUGCGUGCCCCCCUCGCCUUCUCCACUCUCCCCUUCCUGCCGAUCCCCGAGGAGGCCCUUCCCCUCGCCCGCGCGUUUCAUCCGGAGGCCUAGCAGCACUGUGUGUCCAUCGCCCAUCCGGGCAGCCUUGGAGGAUUCGGAGCAGAAGGGAGAGGCCAGUGAGGGCAGCGACAUCCCCGUGGGAGGCCCCCGAGCUCGGGGCCCCUCCAAGGCCCGUGUGGCUCUGAGCUUCAGCCGGUUUCUGAGGCGAGGCUGCUUGUCCUCACCCGUCUUUGCAAGGCUCUCGCCCAAGUGCCCAGCUGUGUCCCACGGAAAGGUGCAGCCCCUGGGGGAAGUGGGUCAGCAGCUUCCGAGGCUGAAGUCCAGGAGAGUGCCCAACUUUUUCCAGAUAAAAAUGGAUGUGCCUAUGGACAGCGGGACAUGUCUGGUGGACUCAGAAGACACUGGCACAGGAGAAUCAGGGACCAGGCCAUGGAGAAGGAGGGUCAUCUGCCCCUGGGAGAGCCUGGCAGAGGGAAAAGUAGGUUGAGCCAGGAGCCUUACACAGGAAGUUGCUCCUGGCAGACUCUGCUGCAUGGGGCCAUAGGAUAUGCUUGCUCUCAAACCAAAGUGCAUUAAGAUUCUUUUUGGGGGGCCAGAGAAACAAGAUGAGAUGGAUUAUGGGGAAGAAUGGUCCUGUUGAGCUCCCAACCCUUCCCUUGUUGGCCUCCCCUUCCUUGGGCAGAAGAAAGGCAUGUGAACCAGAAGACUUGACUUGCUGCCUUAAAAACCAAUAAAAGGUUAACUUCUAAAAGUCUCUUGAAAA